AUGGGGAAAGGAUUGAGCAGAAUUGCGAGGAGAGGGGCGCUCAAAGGGGACGUCACUAGUUUGGAGAGUGGGAUCUGCAACUGGGCUGAGGAAGUGGCUCACGGCGGCGGCUUUUACCAGGGCAUCGUGGAGCGCGGCGCGGGAGGCUGGAGGGAUAGAUGGAUGGAGGGAUGGAGGGAUGGAGGGAUGAGCGGAGGAGAGGAUGAGACGAAAGAAGAAGAAGAAGAAGAAGAAGAAGAAGAAGAAGAAGAAGCGGGUGGAAAAGAGCAGAGGGCGGGGGAGAAGCGAAGGUUGGCACGAGACGAAGAAUGGGCAGGGAAUGGGGCAACGAGGGGGAGGGGGCGGCGUUGGUUCUGGCUUGCGGAGGCGAAGUUGCGAAACGGUGAUACGGGGGAGUCAGCGAGCAGCAGCGACGAGGACGUGAAGCAGAAUCGAAGACGACGGCUCCUCGAGGGCGCGGGGCUACAGAAAGGGCCCAAAGCCCGGCUCGAAUGGGCGGAUGCUAGAGCGCAAUCGAGGAGAUUCACCGGUUUUUUCGCAGGCCAUCGAACAUGGUUCGCGAUGGGGCCAUCGACUCGCAAAGGGUCUUCGGUCCGUUGGGUCUGGAGCACCGAUCUACGUCAGAAAAUCGUCGCGAGCGUGGUGAGUGGACGACGGGGAACGUGGGAUUCUGGAAUCUACAGCGCCGUCAUUGUGAUCUUCGGACUCGGCGCGGCUCCCAGCGGGUUCAGUCGUGCGAUCAUCUGA